CGUUCGCGUUCUACGUGUUCUUCGCGCCCUUCGUCGGGAGGAAGGUGUUCCAGGAUGCCGCCGUGGGGCUCUACACACCUCUGGUUUUGUGUGUAUUCUUUCUGUACAUCUGGUGUGCUGCGGCAGACCCAGCAGACCCAGGGGUCUUCAAAUCAAAGAAGUACCUAAGAUUGUAUGCAAGCUGCAAGCAUAGGCAUCUGAAGGAGUCCAGGCAAGGUGUUUCAGAUGUUGUGUUACAACUAGAUGAAACCGGAGAAAAGAAAGAACGUGAGGUUGCUGAGGCUAGUGAAAAAUUAAUGACUCAACAGAAGAGCUCAUCUUGCUGGGGUGCAACUUUCUCUGCGCUUCUCCUUAUAUUCUACCCUCUCUCUUUUGUUUUCUCCUGCUGCCAAUCACGUGAGUGGUCCUCUGAGCAGCAAGACAGUGAGGAAGGGAUGUUUUUCUGCAGCCUCUGUGAAGUUGAGGUGUUGAAGUACAGUAAGCAUUGUCGAGUUUGUGACAAAUGUGUUGAUGGGUUUGAUCAUCACUGCAGAUGGCUCAACAAUUGUAUUGGAAAAAGAAACUAUAGGAGGUUUUUUCUUCUAAUGACAACCGCCCUUUUCUUGCUUAUCUUACAAUCGGCAACUGGAGUAUUGGUGCUAGUUCUCUGCUUUGUAGAGCGAAAGGAAUUUUCUACGCAAAUUGUGUCAAAGCUAGGAAGCAGCUUCUCUAUAGUGCCUUUCAUCAUUGUGGUGGCAUCCUGUACCAUCCUAGCUAUGGUUGCUUUACUGCCAAUUGCUCAACUUCUCUUUUUCCACAUCAUUCUCAUCCAGAAGGGCAUCAGUACAUAUGACUACAUCAUUGCCCUUAGAGAGCAAGAACAAGAAGAGAUCAGUGGGCAGCAGAGUCCGCAGAUGUCUCAUGUAAGCUCCUAUACUGGUGGGCUCAGCAGUACUAGUUCCUUUGGUGCACUGCGUCGUGGUUCAUGGUGCACUCCUCCAAGACUGUUUCUUGAGGAUCAGUUUGAUGUUAUUCCAUCGGAGGCUGGCUCUUCGCAUAAUUCUGCUACCAAGAGAAAAGAAGAUGAAGUAAGGAGGAAGAAAACCUCAGGGGCUGUGAAAAUUAGUCCAUGGGCAUUGGCUCGUCUUAAUGCAGAAGAAGUUUCUCGAGUUGCUGCUGAGGCUCGGAAGAAGUCCAAAGUUUUAGUGCCUAUCAGAAAAGAUGAUUAUUCGCUCGGGCAUGAAACAGAUAGUAGCUAUGGAGGCAUGGGCAGUAGGAUUGAUCUAGGGCCUGAUGACACGAGGAGAACAAACAGGAGAGGAAGGCCCCAUGGUGAUCUCUCUCUUAAACCUGUUGCAAAAAUAUCAACAGAUGUUAUUGAUAGUAAUGGCAGUGACAUGGGCCCUGAAGCAUUAUCCAGUUUAGCACCACUGCAACUUGAGGCGCGGAGUGCCUUUCAUCCAAGUAGAGCUGCUUCUUCUGCUAACGUUGAUGGUUCAUCUCCAGAUAGCAGUUUGGACUCGCCUGAUCUGCACCUGUACCGAUUCUCAGCUGUCUCCUCAUCUGCAACUGAAGACUUGCAGUUGGCAGCUCCCACUGCCCCAGGGAGCACUCCAUAUCAAGGGAUCCUGCUGUCUAGAUCAACCAGUGAUGGCUACGAAGCAUCAGGUGGUGAAGACAGUGACCGUAUUCCGUCGAGGAUAGUGCAUCGCUCCUCAAACUGGGCAAGCAUCAUACUCAGCACUGAUCAGAAUACGUCCUCAUCUGGCAUCCUUGUGCCGAAGAACAGAUCCUUGACUUCAGAUCAAGUCCAUGCGCAGCACAGAAAUUGAGAAUGUAAAUGACCCUUAUGAAGAUUCCAGUGUCCUACCUCGUUUGUCAUCACCUUCUGUUCCAUAGUUAAAGAUCUUGUCUCACUGAUGUGUCAGCUGUUAUUUUCAGAGUUGGUAGGUAGGGAAGGCGAGUUGUUUCAUCCGCAAAGGCUUAAGUGCUUGUAGUUUUGCUGUUAGAUGACAAAUGUACACUUGAUUAGUGCCUCAUUUCCUUGGUUGCCAACUGUGCCCGAGGUUUUAAAGGUUAACUAUUCAUGAGGUGGACUUGUUAGCGUCAUACCGUGUGACGAACAAAGGCAUGAUAUGCAACUAGUUG